AUGGUGGCGGACGGUCAGCCAGCUGGAGGCCGCUCUUGGGACAGCGUCGCAGCGGGCGGCAAGGUCAAGGGCAAUUGGAAGUACUGGGUCUGCUCCAGCGGCCAGUGCAGGGAGUGGAACUGGCGCACGCUCUGGAAGUGCCGCAGCUGCGGCCGAGUGGCCCCGCCUUGGGUCAAGGCAGCCCAGCCGCCCGCGGCAGGCGCAGGCCAAGCGCCGCCCGUCGCCGACGCCCAGGGCUUCGUCGUCCAGCCCCGUGGGAGGAAGGCGAGGCGCCAGGCCAAGCGCGCGGCUGCCCGCGCUGCCAGCGCUGGGGCCGCCAGCCAGGCAGGCGUCAGCGGGGCCGGCAGCGCGCAGCCGUCGGCCGUCGAGCGGCACCGCCAGGAGGUCAAGCGCAUCGAGGACUUCCUCGCGGCCCCUGGCGGGGCGAUCGACGAGGCGUGCCAGCAGUCGCUGCGCGCGGCCCUCGACCGCGAGCGUCGCAGGCCCUCGGCAGCCGAAGCGGCGCAGGCGGAGCGCAGGAAGGCCGACAUCCCCCUGCCCAAGGCGCUCCACGGCGCAGGCAACGCCCUGGGGAAGCUGGGCAGGCAGGGACGGGCCAAGGAGCAGGCGCUGCUCAAGGCCGAGGAGGCCCAUGCGGCGGCCAUCGGCGAGCGCGAGGCGGCCAUCGAGCGCGAGGCCGCAUGCGCCGAGGCAGUCGAGGAGUGCCGAGCUGCUCUCGAGGCUCACCGCGAGGAGCAGAAGGCCGCAGAGGCCAGGCAAGCCCAGGAGGUCGGCGCGGCCUUCGCUGGCACUGACUUGCUCGGGAUGGUCUUCGGCCUCAUCCAGCAGGUCGAGGCCUUGCCCCAAGGGUUCGCCGCGGGCAACGGGGAGGCCGCCUUCGCUGAGGUCGCCAAGCAGAUCGCAGCGGUCCGCAGGCAUGCACCCCCCGAGGCCAGGGGGCGCUCGUCCUGGGCCGACACCCCCUUCGACGUCUCCGACGAGGACCUCGACGGAGAUGAGGCCGCUGGCGAGCGGGCGGCCGAGACCCUCGACGGGCGUAGCGAAGCCGCGGUGCCAAGCGACCAGAGGAUGAGUCGGGCCCUCGAGGGCCUUGCCCCCCUGCGUGCUGGCCUGGAGGUCCUGGGCUGCAAUGGUAACGUCUGGAACAGGAGCGUCGAGGUCCUCGAGGCCUUCUUCCACCCCCACCAGUACUGGCCGCAGCUGGUCAUCCUGCAGGAGACGAGCUCCCUGCGGCCCUUCGCCACCGCCUCAUCGGCGUAUGAGGUGACGGCGCCGUCGGGCCUCCACUUGCUGGCCUUGGCAGGGUACUUCCAGCACUCUCUGGGCCCGCGGGGGAUCAACCUCGACCUGUUCUCAUCGGUCGCGGACCUGGUGGCAUUCUCGCUCGACUUGCCCUGGGUCCUCCAGAUCGGUUUCAACAUGGAGCCCGAGCCCCUGCAGGAGUUGGGCUGGCCUGCUGCGGUUCGCGGGCAGGUGCUCGGGCCCUCGGAGGCGACCUGCUGCGCCCAGGGCUUGGAGCACGUCUACGACUGGUUCGUCGCGUCGUCGGACCUGGCCACUUGCACGGCGUCCUGCACGACCACGCUCAGCGACGUCGGGCUGCACCCGCACUCUCCUGUGCUGCUGCGCCUCCAGGACGUCAGGUGCGAUGCCCUGGUCGAGGUGCCCUCCCGUCCUGCUCGUUUUACUGAUGUGGAGGUCAAAGGCCUGCGCUCCCGCGAGGACGCCAUGGUCCAGGCCUUCGCUGUCGGCAAGCGCGGGAAGGUGUCGCAGAAGGCUGUGUCUUGGUCAUGGGCUCAGGGUUCGCGCCCGACCUGUCUCUCCGAGGCCCUCAGCGAGUGGACCGAGGCGGCGGAGGGCACCCUCACGGGCAUCCACGGGAUCGCGCCAGGCGACCUGCCGCGCUACCUUGGGCGAGCGGCUGGGCCCAGGACCAGGCGCAUGCCCUUCAGCGCGCUGGUGCAGCGCGAGGCCAGGCUGAAGUACAGCAUGCUGACCCACCGCCUGAGGAGCUGUCUCUCGGUCGCCCUCCAGAGGCUUCGCGCUGAGCAGGCCAGCAGGUGGCACCCGAACCACACCUGGUGGUAUGAGCAGGAGGCUGCGGCGAGGGCGAAGCUCCUGGACGAGGCGGCCCAGGAAGUGGCUGGUCUUCAGGGCGUGGCCCUCCCUGGGGUCUCCGACGUGAAGUGGGUGACCUCGCCUACCACGCGGGGGCGCGAUGCCGCUGAAGGCGCUGCCGCUUGGCGCAGCUGGGCCCAGACGGCGGUGGAGAAAGGAGGCCGCCUGGCCCACCGCUUCUCCAAGGCGACUCCCACGCCUGUUGUCAGGGACGCCGACACUGGGAGGCCGCUCGUCGGCAUGGACGCCGUGGACCAGCUCACGCGCUCGUGGCAGCGGCUCUGGCUCCAGGAAGGCUUCUCCAGUGGAGUCGGAGCCCACCGCUGGGAUGUUGGCUCCUGGACGCUGCCGCCCAUCACCCUGGAUGCUUUCCAGCAGGCGUGCAAGCGCUUCGGCCCGUCGAUGGGGCUGGGCUGCGACAACUUGCACCCUCGCCAGCUCCUUCUGCUGCCAGUGGCGCUGCAGCUUCGCCGGAUUGAUAUCCUCACGGCGUUCGAGGACGAGCCUUCAUCGAUCGUGGGACAGGUGACGCUCAUGGUGUGUAUCCCUAAGGCAGACGGAGGGACGAGGCCCAUCGCGCUGCUCCCGUUGGCCUUGCGGCUUUGGUCUCGCCUGAGGCAGCCGUGCUGUGCCCGAUGGGAGUCAGACCACAACUUCCCCUUCGUUUGGGGUCGCGAUGGCCGUGAUUGUGAGCGAGCGGGUUGGAUCCACAACUGCUUCGCGGGCUUCGCGAUGGCCUCCCCGCAGUUCGAGGUGGCCAGCCUGUUCCUGGACAUCCGCAAGUUCUACGAACACGUUCGCCACGACGUCCCCUGGGCUUCGGCCCAACGCUUCGGCUUCAACCUGAAGCUGUUGCGCGGCCUCCUCGCCAUCUACCAGGCCCCGAGAAUCGUGCUGGCAGGUGGCAUGGCGUCGCCCCCCUUUGGGGCCAGUGGCACAGUGCUGGCUGGCUGCGCGUGCGCGACGGCUGCAGCUAAGCUUCCCCUACUUGGAGGUCUCCUCGCAGCAGGGGCUCAGCGGCCUCUAACCACCCUGCGGAACUUGGUGGGCGAUGUCUCGUUCCAAGUUGUCGGCUCGGCGAGGUUGGUUGUGGACCAGCUCGCGGGGGCUAGUGGCGAAGUGCUGCGACACCUGCGGGCCCACCACCUCCCGCUCAACGAGGGCAAGUCAGUGUUCCUGGCCUCGUCGGCGCAGGUGGCGGACGGCCUCGCUGCCAGCUGGGCCGCCCUCGGCUUCGAGGUCAAGCGCGGCCUCCAGGCCCGCAGCCUGGGCACCGACGCCAACGUGACCCGCAGAGGGGUCCACGAGGGAGCCGCCCGUGCGGUGGGGGGCCUCUCCCGUGCCAGGCGGCUGCGUACCCUGAGGUCGGCGGGGGCCGCGGUGGUGCACAUGCACAGCGCAGGCCCAAGCGCCGCCAUGCUGCGGGGCAGGACGGUCGCAGGGGUGCCCGACGGCGAGUUGCACUCCCGGCGCCUGGCGUCAGCGCGCUCGGCUGGGAAACUUCCCAAGGGCGCCUCCCUUGGGCUGAGGCUCAGGGCGAUCGAAGUGCAACGCUCCGCCGACCUGGACCCGAGCCCAGCCCUGGUGCGAGCCGCGGUGCAGAUGGCAGCCAGCCUCCUUCAGACGGGCGAGGUGCCCCUGAGGAUGUUCGCCACCUGCCUGGUGGAGGCCGAGCGCAGGCACGGCAGCGCCAGGGCGCCCUGGGUGCACUGCAGGAAUCCCGUCGACCCCCUCGCCCUCUCUCUGACGCGGGUUGGUUGGCGUCUCUCGGCUGGGCACAUCCUGCGCACCGACGACGGCCACACCUUGGACAUGCUGCUCAUGGGCCCCCGCGAGCUCGGGCUGCUGGCUGCCGCAGGUGCCCGCAGGGCCUCCGACAGGGCCGAGAUGACGCGGCUUGGGCACGGAGCCGCCCCCUCCAUGCCCUUGUUCUGGGACGCACUCGGGCAGGUCAUCGGCCCGCGCGGCAGGUUUAGCUGCAGGGAGAAGGCCGCAGUGGUGAGCUACCUGUCGAACGCCCACUGGCCGCAGACUCGCCUCUUUGCGUCUGGCGAGCGGGGCCACUCGCGCUGCUGCGCCUGCGGCGAGGCGCGUGGCAGCCUCUGGCACAGGCUGUUCGAGUGCCAAGCCCUGGCCGCCGAGAAGAGGGACUCGCUGUCCGCCCGCCUUCUUCGCCGCGCCACUCGGGUGCGGCAGCGCGGUGAGGAGACAGGGGGGUGCUUCUCCAGGUGCUGGCUGCCGCAGCCCCCGCAAACGGCCUGGAGGUCGGACGCGAUGGCAGUCAUGUGGGUGAACAAGCCUGCCGACGGGCUGCUAGGCGGUCGUCUCCACCUUGACGGCUCGGCGCUGGACCCUGAGUUCGAGCGCAUCCGCAGGGCUGGCUGGAGCAUCGUGCAGUGCGACGAGCACGGCAACAUGCAGGCGGCGGUGUGCGGCACGGUCCGCCUCGACCUGUGUCCCUUCCAGACGGCGAAGGACGGCGAGGACUUCGCGGUCUGGAUGCUGAGCCGCUACCUCGGGCCGUCGAUCAUCGAGCUCAACAUCGACUGUGCGUCCACGGUCAGCUGCUUGAAGCUUGGCAGGAAGUACGCGACGGCGGCCAACAAGCCUAAUGCGCACCUGUGGUCGGCCGUCUACGCCUCCCUCGAUGUGGACUCGCUCAAGGUGAACAAGGUGGCGGCCCACUGCACCGAGAUCGACGUUCGCGAGGGCAGGAUCUCGGAGGUGCAUUGGCGUGGAAACUCCCACGCCGACAGGCUGGCGAAGGCGGGGGCGGCCCUCCACAGGGUCAGCGCGGCUGCCAGGCGCGAGUUCUUCGGCGCGAUGGAGGUCGUGAGAGAACUCUCCAGGUGGGUCGCGCAGGCCUCGAUCGUCUGGCAGGGCAGGGCCCCCAAGGACUGCGAGGGCCUCCCUGAGGGCGGCGAGCGAAGGACUGCUGUCACCUUCGCGGUCCCGCUUGAGGAGCGCGCCGACGGCCUGCUGGCGGUCCCCGCGAGCGGUUCGCGCGCCGCGCCCGCCGCCGUGGAGCCCCGCGGGGAGCAGGCAGGCAGCCGCCCCGCCGAUGAUGGCGCCCGGGCAUCGGCGGCGCGCGACGGCGGAGUGGGCGCCCUGGUCUUCGCCUUCGCUGGGCACGCCCUCGCGCACGCCAGGCUUGGCGGGCGCUCUGGCACGCAGCCCAAGCUGAAGGAGCGGCGUCCUGGAGCGACGGGCCUCCCCAAGUCGCUGCGGGACCAGAAGUCGCGGUGGGAGCGUGGCCUCCACCCUGGGGGCACGCCGCGCGUCCGCAACACGCGGACGAAGGGGGCGGAGGCCGCCCGCCUUCGCAAGGAGGCCGAGGUGCCGCAGGACGCCAGGGUGCGCUUCCUGAAGUGGCUCGGGGUCCAGCCUGAUGCCCCAGCAGGCGAAGAGCGCUCCGCCUCGGUGGCUGGCGCUGUUGGGGGCGGCGCUGGCGGUGCGGCCUCUUCCUCGACGGAGGCGCCUGCGGCGGCUGGAGAUGCCGCGGCGGGCGCGGGCUCGCGGCAGGCCUGGCUGGGGGCCCAUGGCCUCGAUGAGGAGAGCCUUCAGAGCUGGGCCGCUGCGGCCGAGGAGGCCCGAGCCGAGCGGCAGAGCAGGAAGCGGCGCAGAGAUGAUGGAGAUGGAGGCCCGCUGGCUGACGGCGACGGGUUCGUCCAGCAGCCCAGGGGGCGCUCGGCGCAGCGGGCGGCCCGCCGCGCGGCCGCUGCAAGCCAGCGCGCGGCCUCUGGCGCGAGCGCCGCGCCCGGCAGCGCGCCCAGCAGCAGGGCGCGCGGCAAGGGGUGCGGCAAGGGCGGCGGCAAGGCAGGGUCUGAGGGCCAGUCCCAGCUGGAGGGGCUUCGGCGGCAGCUCGCGGAGGCCAAGGACCACGUCGGCUUCCUCCUGCAGGCUGCAGCCCUCGCGGGGCGCUCUGAUGUGUUCAGGCGCGAGGCCGAGGAGGCGCUGCAGGCCGAGCGCGACCGCGUCCUGGCCCUGGAGUCUGCCUUGCAGAAGGCGCAGUUGGUCGAGCGGCCGCCCCACGCUGUGCUCCGCGGCGAGGCCAACGCCAUCCAGAAGGCUGAGCGCCAGCUGGUCAAGGCCCGUGCCACGCGUGAGCGCAAGGUGCAGGAGGCUGACACCCUCAAGGACUCGAUCGCGGACACGCAGGAGAAGCUGUCCUGCCUGGAGGUCGAGAUCGAGGAGGCCGUCGACGAGAUCGCGAAGCUGGAGGAGACCGCGGCGCAGGCCACGCAGCAGGCCCUUCUGCGGGCCAACGAGGUCUUCGGAUGCUCCCAGGGCGAGCUCAGCGCGGCGGUGCGGGGGCUCCUCAUGCAGGCCCACGGGCUGGCGGACAUCCUCAAGCAGUGCUCGGAGGGCGUCCCGCCCAGGCUGGUUGAGAUCGUCGGCUACCUCCGCACCCAGGGCGAAGCGGUCUCGGGUCUGCUGGAGUCGCGUGCCUCCCGCGCUGGCCAAUCGGGCGCCGCCCUCGGUGCCUGGCCGCAGCCCGACAGCGGCCUCCGCAAGUCCCUGGCAGAAGCGAGAGCAGCCAUGGUCGACGACGAUGCGCUGGCCGCAGUGGGCGGCACAGCGUCAGGAGCGCUCGGGGGCGCUGGCGCCCUCCUGUGCGACAGCGGCGCGUGCGGGCUGGGCAUCGGAGCCACGGUCCAGGCAGUCCUCGGGUCUGAGGUGCUGGACGCCGUGCAGGUGUGGAAGCCUCGGCAUGCUCAGGAGGCCGCCAUCGGCUACCAGCCAGCGCUGAGCGGAGGCGGCCCCCCUGCGCGCCCACGGGCGGGCCUCGAGGUGCUCGGCUGCAAUGGCAACGCCUGGGGCAGGAGCGUGGAGGUCCUCGAGGCGUUCUUCCAAGCCCACGGCUACUGGCCGCAGCUCGUCAUGCCCCAGGAGACACGGCUAACCGCGGAGCGCAUCUCUGGGGCGAGGAGCAUGGCCAGGGGCCUCGGGUACUCGGCCUUCUUCCACGAGGCUGCACCUACGGCGCAGCAAGGGCCCCUGGCCCACUCGGGUGCCGUGGCAACCCUGGUGCACAGCAGCCUGCAGGCAGAGGAGUCGCUCUUCCAGGUGCCUGCGGCGCUGCGCCACCGCCCCAUUGGCGUCGAGGUCGUGCCUGCGUCAAGGCUGCGCCUGUUGGCGGCGACUGGCUACUUCCACCACUCCCUGGGCCCCGGGGGCAUCAACCUGGACAUCUUCACGGCGUUCGCCGACUUGGUGGCCUCCUCGUCGGACAUGCCGCGGGUCUUCCAGGCUGACUUCAACAUGGAGCCAGACGGGCUGCAGGAGCUCGGCUGGCCCGCGGCGUUGCGAGGGCAGGUGCUUGGGCCGUCUGGGCCGACUUGCUGCUCCGAGGGCGCGGAGCACAUCUACGGCGUUCGAGGGGAUGCGCUGGUGGACGCCCCCUCGCGCCCCGCCCGCUUCCCCGAUGCGGCUGUUGGUGACCUUCGUGCCCGUGGGGGGGCCCCGCUUCAAGCCUUCCAGGUCGGCAAGAAGGGCGCGGUGACCCAGCUCGGCAUCUCGCGGCCAUGGGCCGCGGGCGAGCUCCCCUCCAACCUCUCCACCGCGCUCCGCGAGUGGAUUGGCGUGGCCGAGGGCACCCUGGCUGGCAUCCACGAGGUGUCGUUCGCUGACUUGGCUCACUUUCUUGGGCGCGGGGCUGGGCCCAGGACGGUUCGCAAGCCGUUCAGCGCCCUCGUCAAGCGGGAGGCCAGGUUGAAGUACAGCCUCCUCACCCACCACAUUCGGAGCUGUCUGGACGGGGCCCCCCAGCGGCUGCGAGCCGUGAAAACGGACCGCUGGCACCCCCGCCAUCCUGGAUGGCACGAGCGCGAGGCGGCCGCCAGGGCGCGGCUGCUGGCGAAGGCGGCCCAGGAGGCGGCCGCUGCUGGCAGCGAGGCGCUGCUCGGCGUCUCCGCUGCGCAGUGGGGCGACCUCGUUCAUCACGCGGGCGCCAGCGGAUGCCCGACUGCCCUCGCGAAGCUGCAGUCGUGGCUGGCCGCCUCGCAGAGGCGCGACGCGGCUGCGGGCGCCGCGGCUUGGCGCAAGUGGGCUCAGACGGCAGUGGAGAAGGGCGGCCGCCUGGCCCACCGCUUCUCCAAGCCUCUCGUCGGCAUGGCCGCGAUAGGCCAGCUCACCGAGACGCGGCAGCGGCUCUGGCUCCAGGAGGGCUUCGCCCGCGGCGAGGGCGCCAGCAGGUGGGGCGUCGGACGCUGGACGCUCCCGCCCAUCACGCUCGAAGAGGAGAUGCCUGCCUCCAUCAGCGGCCAGGUGGUGCUCGCGGUGUUCAUCCCCAAGGCCGAGCACAACUCCCCCUUCUUCCGGUGGCGCGAGGGGCGCGACUGCGAACGCGCUGGCUGGAUCCACAACUACUUCGCGGGUUUCGCGAUGGCCACCCCGCAGUUUGAGGCGGCCAGCGUUUUCCUGGACAUCUCCAAAUUCUAUGAGCACGUCCGCCGCGACGUGCUCUGGGAGACGGCGCAGCGCUUCUCCUUCAACCUGAAGUUGCCCAGGGGCCUCCUGGCGAUCUACCAGGCACCGCGGCUGGUCUGGGCUGGAGGCAUCGCCUCCGCGGCCUUCAGCGCCAGGGGCACGGUGCUCGCUGGCUGCGCGCGCGCCACGGCCGUCGCGAAGCUUUCUGUGCUGGGGGCCCUCCUGGCGACAGGGGCGCAGCGGCCGCUGGUCACCCCUCGGAACGUGGUCGACGAAAUCUCGCUGCAGGCUGCGGGCUCGGCGCGGCUUGUUCUGGACCAGCUCGUGGGCUGCAGCUGCGAGGUGGCCCGCCAGCUGCGAGCCGGCCACCUCCCGCUCAACGAGAGCAAGACGGUCUUCCUCGCCUCGUCGCCGCAGCUCGCCAGGGGCCUGGCGGCGGCUUGGGAGGCACGCGGCCUCUCCUUCAAGCGGGGCCUGCAGGCGCGGAACCUGGGCGCGGAUGCGAACAUCACCCGCAGGGGCGUUCGCGAAGGGGCUGCUCGGGCGGCGGGCAGCCUCAGCCGUGCCAGGCGGCGGCGUGUCCUGCAGCAUGCGGGGGCGCCUGUGGUCGUGGUGCACCGCGCGGGCCCGACGGCUGCGACGCUGCGGGGUCGGACCGUCACGAGAGUUCCCGACGGGGAGCUGCGCUCCUGGCGCCUUGCGGCGGCUAGGUAUGCUGGGAAGGUGCCCAGAGGUGCUGCGCUCGGGCUAAGGCUCAGAGCGGCCGAGGUCUUGCGGUCCUCCGACCUCGACCCCAGCCCCGCCUUGGUGCGCCAUGCGGUCCAGAUGGCGGCCAGCCUCCUGCAGUCGGGGGAGGUCCCCCUGCGGGCGUUAGCGGCUUGCCUGGCCGAGGCAGACAGGAGGCACGCCAGCGCCUCGGCGCCGUGGGCGCACUGCCGCACAACGGCGGGCGCGCUGGCCCUCUCCCUGGCCAGGAUUGACUGGAGGGUCGCCGGCGGCAACUACCUCGUCGCUGAGGACGGCAACUCCAUGGACCUCCUCCUCGUGGGCCCUCGUGAGCUGAGGGGCCGCAGCGAGGCGGCGGGCGAGAACUUUGCUCGAGGCUGGCUGCCUGGCCCUCCCAGAGCUGCUCCGCGCACCGACGCCAUGGCGGCGACGUGGGCCAACAGGCCUGAGGGCGGGUUGCUGCGGGGCCGCCUCUUCCUGGAUGGGUCGGCGAUGGACCCCGAGCACGAGAGCCUCCGCCGCGCGGGCUGGAGCAUCGUGCAGUGCGACGCGGACGGCGACCUGGAGUCCGAGGUCUACGGCACCGUCUGCCUGGACCUCUGCCCCCUCCAGACGGCCAAGGACGGCGAGGACUUCGCGGUCUGGAUGCUGAGCCGCUUCGCUGGGCUCAACGUGGAGGAGCUCUGCAUCGACUGCGCCUCCACCGUGAGCUGCCUCAAGCUCGGCCGCAAGUACGCGACGGCGAUGGGCAAGCCGAACGCGCACCUCUGGUCGGCCAUCCACGCGUCGCUCGACGUCGACACGCUCAAGGUGGCGAAGGUGGCGGCCCACUGCAGGGCCGAGGACGUUCGAGAAGGCAGGAUCUCGGAGGCGGUCAGGCGGGGCAACUCCCACGCAGAUCACUGGGCCAAGGGGCUCUUCGGCGCGAUGCUGGUGGUGCUGGAGCUCACACGCUGGAUCGCGCAGGCCUCCCUCAUCUGGCAGGGCAUCGAGGCCAAGGACUGCCAAGGUCCCCCCGAGGCGAGCGAGAGGCGGAGCGUCUCUUUCGCGGAGCCCGCGGUGGAGCAGCAAGGGUGCGGAGCUGAUGACGACGAGCAGGAGCUGGUGGCCUGCGCCAACUGCAGCGCCUACGCGAGGCUGGGCGACAGGGCGGGUGCAAGGCCCAAGCUCAAGGACCGCUGUCCUGGCUCGGCUGGCCUGCCCAAGGCCUUGCGGAACCAGCGGUCCCUGCGGGAACGGGGCCCCCAUCCCGCCGGCAAGGCCCACAGCGGCAACAAGCGGGACAAGGACGCCGAGGCCCCCCGCCUCCGCAAGGAGGCGACCGUCCCCACCGACGCCAAGAUCCGUUUCGUCGACUGGUUCGGCGUCCGCCCCCCCGACCGCGACGGCGGCGAGCCCGUGGUGCCUGGAGGCACCGCUGGCAGCCCUGGCGCCGCCGCCGCCGCCCCCGCGGCUAGUGUGGCGCCCGCCGCAGGCGCGAGCGGGCACGCGGCCAGCUCGAGGCAGGCCUGGCUCGAUGCGCAUGGCCUCGACGAGGCGGCGCUGCGGAGCUGGGCCGACGUGGCUGAGGCCUGGCUCGACGCGCACGGCCAGCACGAGGCGGCGCUGCGGAGCUCGGCCGAUCGCGCCCAUUUGUUCCAUGGCUGGUCUGACGGGGCCUGCCCGGUCCGCCCUGCAGACCACAGGGUCAAUUUCGGGCACGAGCGGGCCAUGCGGCCCCGCGGUGAGGACUUUCAGGAGUGCGACUGA